GCAACACCACCAUCCAGCACCAAUUCAUGAAAGUGACUUAUAAAAGCACUCUCCUCGAUAUCCCGACUAUAAUCGUACAAGCUUCGCGGCAUAUACAUACCAUCACAGGGAGUUUAACAACAUCACUCGCGCUACUUGUCUUAUUCCUUGAUGUAGGUUGGUUAAUAAAAUUCACUCUCGACCUUAAAAAGGCCAUAAUCUUACCCCUAUCAGUAUGAGCAAGAGCAC